AUGUCCCAAUCCAACGGACAGAUGUUAAGCUCAACUCCGUGGCUCAUGGGAGACUGGACACUCACAAGACAUCCGAUCCAGCUAUCAAACAGCUUUGCCCCGCUUGAGACGGACCUCCCAGCCCCGGGAGUCAGCACGGAUCCUGGGAGUAUACAACAGCCGGUGGCCGCCCAGUGUCACCCUCCCCCACGGCCACCCAGUGUCACCCUCCCCCCACGGCCGCCCAGUGUCACCCUCCCCCACGGCCACCCAGUGUCACCCUCCCCCACGGCCACCCAGUGUCACUCUCCCCCACGGCCACCCAGUGUCACCCUCCCCCACGGCCACCCAGUGUCACCCUCCCCCACGGCCACCCAGUGUCACCCUCCCCCACGGCCACCCAGUGUCACCCUCCCCCACGGCCACCCAGUGACACUCUCACCCACUGCCACCCAGUGUCACCCUCCCCCACGGCCACCCAGUGACACUCUCACCCACUGCCACCCAGUGAAACCCUCCCCCAUGGCCACCCAGUGUCACUCUCCCCCACGGCCACCCAGUGUCACCCUCCCCCACUGCCACCCAGUGUCACUCUCCCCCACGGCCACCCAUGACACUCUCCCCCACAGCCACCCAGUGACACUCUCACCCAGUGUCACCCUCCCCCACGGCCACCCAGUGACACUCUCCCCCACGGCCACCCAUGACACCCUCCCCCACGGCCACCCAGUGACACUCUCCCCCCAUGACACUCUCCCCCAUGGCCACCCAGUGACACUCUCCCCCACGGCCACCACAGGUCAGCAGGUUGCUGACUCAAGACAGAAGCGUCUCGGGCCAUCCUCCACCUUCCUGGGGUUUCCGUUGCCAUCCGCUGUUGCUGGUGUGAAGUGUCAGGCUAGCCUGGCUCAAAGCCUCCAUCCCCUCAGCCUGAGGUAG